CGCGGCGCGGGCGGGGCGCGAGCAGGGGCCGCGGGGAAGGCGGCCGAGCCGCGGCGGGAGAGCGUCGGGGAGCGUCGGGGAGCGCAGGCGCUGCAGCCAUGGCGGUGGAAGGAGGAAUGAAGUGCGUCAAGUUCCUGCUCUACGUUCUUCUGCUGGCCUUUUGCGCCUGUGCAGUGGGACUGAUUGCCAUUGGUGUAACAGUUCAGGUUGUCUGGAAUCAGGCCAUUAACCAGGAGACUGUCCCUGGCUCCCUGUUGCCUGUGGUCAUCAUUGCAGUGGGCGCCUUCCUCUUUCUGGUGGCCUUUGUGGGCUGCUGUGGGACCUGCAAGGAGAACUACUGUCUUAUGAUUACAUUUGCCAUCUUCCUCACUGUAAUCAUGCUUGUGGAGGUGGCUGUGGCGAUUGCCGGUUAUGUGUUUAGAGACAAGGUGAAGUCAGAGGUUAAUAAGGAAUUGCAGCAGUUCAUGCAGAAUUACCUCAAAGACAACACAACAGCCCCAGUUCUGGACAGAUGGCAGAAAAAAUUUGAGUGCUGUGGGACUACUAACUACACAGACUGGGAGAACAUCCCUGGUAUGGGCAAGGACCGCGUCCCUGACUCCUGUUGUAUCAAUAUCACUGUGGGCUGUGGAAACGGCUUCAAGGAAUCCACCAUCCAUACCGAGGGCUGCCUGGAGAAAAUGGAGAUCUGGCUGAGGGAGAACAUCCUGCUGAUAGCUGCAGCAGCCCUGGGCAUUGCUUUUGUGGAGGUCCUGGGAAUAGUCUUCUCCUGCUGUCUGGUGAAGAGCAUCCGAAGUGGCUAUGAAGUAAUGUAGGGUGGGAUUUGGAUAUUAUCUAAGGGAGUGGAUUCUCCAGGUUUUUCAAUUAAACGGAUUAUUUUUUCAGACCUAAAAA